CCCUUAAAGGAAGGAUGCCUCUGCUGGAAGUUGGUGUGGGCACUUCACAGGAGAUGUCAGGAUGAGGGUGGUGUCCCGUGUGUUGGGACCCCUGUUAUCUCUCCACUGUCAUGGAUGGAUCACCAUCUAUUUAAGCUUUCCCAGGAAGACCCGCAGCACACUAUCCUGGGCCAUUCAGACUCCUAGAGUCUGAAACUAUUUUGUCAAGGUGACCUAUGGAAGAUGAAAACCCAACUGGCCCCCCAUCAGGAGAAGGGUCGGAAGAAACAGGAGAUGCCCCUCAUGACUUCCAGGCAGGGAGUUGGGAGGAAUCCCUGCCAAGGAGACCAAGAGAACAGGCUGGACAGGAACACAAUGAGGGACAGGAUCAGACCCAGGAAGCCCAAAAGGAGGAGUUCCAGGAGGGAAUGGAGAGACUGCACAUGCUCACAGAAGCCUCAAGCCAGCUGAAGGCUAAGGCAUUGCUGCCCUCCAUGGAGUUAGAGAUGGAAGCCUGCCAGCGUCCCCCAAAGAUGCCGGAGGGGGCUGCACUCUGCAAUGAGCCUCCAGCACUCUUGGCUGCUUCCAAACAAAACACUAAAGCCUGCCAAUCUAAGAGAGAAAGUGUUGUGAGGCACCUUGCCAAAAAACAAACAAACACAUUUAAAUGCUCAGUGUGUGGUGAAACUUUCAGGUGCUGCUCACAUCUUACUAAGCAUCAUCGAAUGCACAGAGGAGAGAAUCCAUAUCCGUGCUUGCAGUGUGGAAAGAGCUUUUCUCGUAUCUUGCACCUUAAUUCCCAUGAAAGAACCCAUACAAGGGAGAAGCCAUAUAAGUGUUCUCACUGUCAGAAAUGCUUCAGGUUGAAAACUGAUCUCACUAGACAUCAAAGAAUUCACACAGGAGAGAAACCAUAUACAUGCUUGCAGUGUGGAAAAUGCUUCAGGUGGAAAAUUAGUCUUACUAAACAUCAAAGAAUUCACAGAGGGGAGAAACCAUAUGCAUGCUUGCAGUGUGGGGAAAGCUUUGCUCAUAAAUCUCAUUUUAAUAGACAUCAAAGAUUCCACACAGGGGAGAAACCAUAUGCCUGCUUGCAGUGUGGAAAAAGCUUUGCUCAGAAACGUUACCUUACUGUACAUCAAAGAAUCCACACAGGGGAGAAACCAUAUGCAUGCUUGCAAUGUGGGAAAAGCUUUGCUCAGAAAGCCCAUCUUACUAUACAUCAAAGAAUCCAUACAGGGGAGAAACCAUAUGCAUGCUUGCAGUGUGGAAAAAGCUUUGCUCAGAAACCUCAUCUUACUAUACAUCAAAGAAUCCAUACAGGGGAGAAACCAUAUGCAUGCUUGCAGUGUGGGAAAAGCUUUCCACAGAAAAAUGAUCUCACUAGACAUCAAAGAUUCCACACAGGGGAGAAACCAUAUGAAUGCUUGCAGUGUGGAAAAAACUUUGCUCAAAAACGUUAUCUUACUAUACAUCAAAGAAUCCACAGUGGGGAGAAACCACAUGCAUGCUUGCAGUGUGGAAAAAGCUUUGCUCAAAAAGGUUAUCUCACUAUACAUCAAAGAAUCCACACAGGGGAGAAACCAUAUGCAUGCUUGCAGUGUGGGAAAAGCUUUGCUCAGAAACAUCAUAUUACUAGUCAUCAAAAAACCCAUGAAGUGAAGAAACCGCAGACAUUAUUUGAUGGUGAAGAGAGUUUUUGUGACAAAUUGAGCCUUCAUGCACAUGAAAGAAGCCAUCGAAGAAAGAUAUUCUACAAAUGCUCACAAUGUAGCAAGAUAUUUGGUGAUAAAUCAAGUCUUAAUGACCACAAGAGAGUACACACAGGAGAAAAAGGUUCUUUGCCACUUGGAAUGCAGAAAGAUCCUCAGUAGCCCAUGCUUCUCUUCUAUUGAUGGAAUCCACACAAAGCAAACUAUGUCUGUUUGUCCCAAUACAACUACAUUAUGAGGUGCGGAUGGGGAUGUUCUUUGAGUGUCCUACAUUUCUGAGCCUCGGAAGCUUCGGGGUUUGGAGCAGAGCCUUCUUACAGGCUGCUCAGUGAGGAAUUCCAUGAGUUUUAUCAUUUUUGAAGGUUUUAAUAGAGACUUUUAGUGUGCUGGGUUCAAUGCUAUGAAAUGUUUUGAUAUAAAAAGGGAGAGAAAUGUGAUACGUCUAGCUUUUACCAUUGAUGGAGUAAUUGCAGCUAUCAUCUUAGAGAUCUGAGCUUCCUACCAAUAGAGAAGACCCAUUAUUCAGCUUGCACUGUAGGCUGUUCUGACACCUGGCAAAUUCUACAUCUGAUCAUAUCUCCAAUCCUGUAUCUUGGAAAAUGCAACUGCAGUGUGAAUUCAUGAGGAAGAAGAGGGAAGUUGGAAAGUCUUUUCCUCCAGCAUUCAGUUGCAAUGGGACGGGAAUGGUUGCUGCUUUUAAAAAUUAUUUUUGAAUAUCAGGAUUGGAAUGUAUUUCCUCUGCUUAUAAAUAAAAUUGGAUGUAGUUUUCUC